AUGGAUGCUCGAGAAACGUUUUCAGCGAUCGAUGAAUUUCUAGCCACUGCACCAACGUCGCUUGAUUUUCAAUUGAGCAACCACGUGCCGCGUGUUUCUGACUACACCUGGGAUGAUGUCUUGACGAGCGAAAGACGGAUGCGACGAACAUCUUUGAUUAAUGGGCGCUCGGCUGCGAACCUGGCAACGGUCCUGCAAGCAUUAGAUGCCGGACUCACGACGCCAAGCGAUGUCCAGGCAGGGGCGAGCCUCCCAAACUAUAUCCGUACCCUUCCCUCUGCGUUGGAUGCGGACGUUGUCGAGUUUUUACACAAGAGAGGAGCUUUGACUUUGCCAGGGAUAGGAUUACGCAACCAACUUCUCCAAAGUUAUGUGCAGUACGUGCACCCUUACAUGCCGUCGAUAGACCUCGAAGAAUUUCUACAGUCCAUCGAAAGCAACGAUGCCUCAAAUCAAAUGAGCCUGAUGCUGUUUCACGCCGUGAUGUUUGCCGCAACUGCAUUCGUCAAGUUGCCUCUUCUCAAAGCGGAGGGUUACAACGACAGAAAGACCGCACGAAGAAACUUUUUCCAAAAAGCCAAACUGUUGUACGAUUUCGACUACGAAUCCGAUCGGCUCUCGAUUGUGCAGGCACUCCUGCUCUUGACUUACUCGUAUGAGACGCCGGAUGAUCAAAAAGACUCUUGGCACUGGAUGGGCAUCUGGGUGACUGUGCUGAUUCCGGCUAUGGUGGUUCAACUUUUGGAGAUCAAGUCCGGUAAUGCAGCUGUCUAUGAUAGCAGUUCACGACGUUUUCGCCAGUGUAUGCAGGUCCUUCAACGCCUGCGGGAGAUGUACGCUUCAGCGGACGCGGCGUUCUUCUUCCUGGAGGCUGCUAAAAACAAAGUGGACGUGCAGAUACCAGAUGAGAAUGAACAGAGAGAAGCACGUUCCACGAGCGACUUGCCGGACCACAACGAAGCCGUAACGCCAUGGUCUGACGCAUGCACUGUUCAGUCUGCCCGGAGGGUCAGACCGAGCUCGGAUCCGAGGGAUGACCUUCCAGCCUCGACACCACUGUGGUCGGAUGGCGAACCUAUUUGGCAUCUUCCGGAAACAUCUGCAGCUGGUCUGAGAAGUAGUUCUAGGCGAGAGGAUGUCAUUGAGUUAUGUGGUGACAUCGACGGCUUGAUCGAUUUCAAUGCAUGGUCCGACAUCCUCAUGGCGGAGGAUUGUGUUAUGGAUUCAGGGUUUGGAUGA